UAGCUGUCAGGAGCCUAGCAGCGGGCGGUCGGGAUCCGACGUCUGUGCUGGGACUCAGCUGUCUGAGCCCCGCGCAGCAACCACCCCGACAAGCAAGCUCCCCGAGACCAGGGCUGCCUGCCAGGUCAUAGAGUUCGGCGGAGACCUGUGGGGCAGUUGGUCGCUCAGGCAAGAUGGGGAACCGGGAGAUGGAGGAGCUGAUCCCACUGGUGAACCGUCUGCAGGACGCCUUCUCGGCGCUGGGACAGAGCUGUCUGCUGGAGCUGCCGCAGAUUGCCGUGGUGGGCGGCCAGAGCGCCGGCAAGAGCUCGGUGCUCGAGAACUUCGUGGGCAGGGACUUUCUUCCUCGAGGCUCAGGCAUCGUGACCCGACGACCUCUUGUGCUUCAGCUUGUCACGUCUAAAGCAGAAUAUGCUGAGUUUCUGCAUUGCAAAGGAAAAAAAUUUACAGAUUUUGAUGAAGUCCGCCAUGAGAUUGAAGCAGAAACAGACCGAGUGACAGGAAUGAAUAAGGGUAUUUCCCCUAUACCCAUCAACCUACGAGUCUACUCUCCACACGUGUUAAAUCUAACGCUAAUCGACUUACCUGGAAUAACGAAAGUGCCCGUGGGAGACCAGCCCCCAGACAUUGAGCAUCAGAUCAGAGAUAUGAUCAUGCAGUUCAUCACGAGGGAGAACUGUCUGGUCUUGGCUGUCACCCCGGCCAACACCGAUCUUGCCAACUCGGAUGCACUGAAGCUAGCUAAAGAAGUUGAUCCUCAAGGUCUGAGGACCAUUGGCGUGAUCACAAAGCUGGAUCUCAUGGAUGAAGGAACGGAUGCCAGGGACGUCCUGGAGAACAAACUGCUGCCUCUUCGCAGGGGCUACGUGGGAGUGGUCAACAGAAGCCAGAAGGACAUAGAUGGAAAGAAGGACAUUAAGGCGGCCAUGUUGGCAGAAAGGAAAUUUUUUCUUUCUCACCCGGCUUAUAGACAUAUUGCUGAUCGUAUGGGGACACCCCACCUCCAGAAGGUCCUCAAUCAGCAACUUACCAACCAUAUUCGAGACACCCUGCCCAACUUCAGGAACAAACUGCAGGGACAGUUGCUCUCCAUAGAACACGAAGUAGAAGCCUACAAAAACUUCAAACCAGAAGACCCCACGAGGAAGACCAAAGCUCUGCUGCAGAUGGUCCAGCAGUUUGCUGUGGACUUUGAGAAGAGAAUCGAAGGGUCGGGGGAUCAAGUGGAUACAUUAGAGCUCUCUGGCGGUGCUAAGAUCAAUCGCAUCUUCCACGAACGCUUUCCCUUUGAGAUAGUGAAGAUGGAGUUCAAUGAGAAAGAAUUGAGAAGAGAAAUAAGCUACGCAAUCAAAAACAUACAUGGUAUCAGGACAGGGCUGUUUACUCCAGACAUGGCUUUCGAGGCCAUAGUCAAAAAGCAGAUAGUAAAGCUGAAAGGGCCGUCCUUGAAGAGUGUGGACCUGGUGAUGCAGGAAUUGAUCAACACUGUGAAGAAGUGUACCAAGAAAUUGGCAAACUUCCCCAGACUCUGUGAGGAAACAGAAAGGAUUGUUGCUAACCACAUCCGUGAGCGAGAGGGGAAGACCAAGGACCAGGUCCUGCUACUGAUCGACAUUCAAGUCUCUUACAUUAACACCAACCAUGAAGACUUCAUCGGCUUUGCAAAUGCUCAGCAGAGGAGCAGUCAGGUUCACAAGAAAAGCACAAUUGGAAAUCAGGGAACCAAUCUUCCGCCUUCAAGGCAAAUUGUGAUUCGCAAGGGCUGGCUGACUGUCAGCAACAUCGGCAUCAUGAAAGGAGGCUCGAAGGGCUACUGGUUCGUCCUCACUGCAGAAAGCCUGUGCUGGUACAAAGACGAUGAGGAGAAAGAAAAGAAAUACAUGCUUCCUCUGGACAACCUCAAAGUCCGGGAUGUGGAGAAGGGCUUCAUGUCCAGCAAGCACGUCUUUGCUCUCUUUAACACAGAACAAAGGAAUGUAUACAAAGACUAUCGUUUCCUGGAGCUGGCCUGUGAUUCCCAGGAGGAUGUGGACAGCUGGAAGGCAUCUCUGCUAAGAGCUGGGGUCUAUCCAGAUAAAUCUUCAAAUGAAAAUGACGAAAAUGGCCAAGCGGAAAACUUCUCAAUGGAUCCGCAGCUGGAGAGGCAAGUGGAGACCAUCCGCAACCUCGUGGACUCCUACAUGUCCAUCAUCAACAAGUGCAUCCGAGACCUAAUUCCAAAAACAAUAAUGCAUCUUAUGAUCAAUAAUGUUAAAGACUUCAUCAACUCUGAGCUCCUAGCACAGCUCUAUUCUUCUGAGGACCAAAACACUCUGAUGGAGGAGUCUGCUGAGCAGGCUCAGCGCCGGGAUGAGAUGCUCCGAAUGUACCAAGCCCUGAAAGAAGCCCUUGUGAUUAUUGGUGACAUCAGUACAGCCACUGUGUCAACCCCAGCCCCACCUCCAGUAGAUGACUCCUGGCUCCAGCAUUCCCGCAGGUCACCUCCUCCAAGUCCCACCACCCAGAGGCGACCAACUCUAAGUGCUCCCCUCACAAGGCCCACAUCUGGCCGCGGACCAGCCCCUGCCAUUCCCUCUCCAGGUCCCCACUCUGGAGCUCCUCCAGUCCCAUUCCGCCCUGGCCCAUUACCUCCUUUUCCCAGCAGCAGCGACUCCUUCGGAACCCCUCCUCAAGUUCCAUCCAGACCUACGAGGGCGCCCCCCAGCGUUCCGAGCCGGAGGCCACCCCCAUCGCCAACUCGCCCCACUAUAAUCCGUCCACUAGAAUCCUCACUGUUAGACUAAAUGGAGUGUCUGGCAUGGCAAUUAAUCACUAACGAUUUCUGCAAAAGCAACAUAUUCUGUAAGCUUUGCGGUCAACCAUGAGUACGCGCAUGUGUGGACAUCCAUAGGCAAGUAGCCAGUUUUACUAAUGUAUCCAUCACCCAUCUUCAUUGCUCAUGGUAUGCCAGACCUUUGGGGUUUGCCAUGAAGAACUGCUAACCUGUAGAAAGACUUAACAUGUUAACUGUUAACCUUAACUGGCCAAGGUAGUUUUGUAUAGCAGCCCUGUACUUGGAUACCGUUUGUCUACUCAACAUACGUCUGAAGAGUUUUCUCAGCUGUCUACAGAGCAGUUACAACAAUUCUUAACAAAUGCAGAAUGAGCUGUUUAGGAUGGCAGAGACUCUAUUGUCUGAUAUUAAUGCCACUACCUACUCCACAAUCACCUAUUUAGAAUUCUUCUCCUUAUUUCGUAAGACUGCUAGGAGGCGAGGUUUUAAAAUUAGGGCUACUGAAGGUGGAAGCUUUUCAGGAGCUUGAGGCAGUCAGCAGAGGGAAUGCCUGCAGGGUUUGCUCUAGGGAGCUCCUCCCAGAACCAGUGGACUGUGCUUCGUGCUAGAAGCUCAAGCAGCAGCGAAGCAAUGCCUGGUUUUUUUGGUAAGAACCAAAAAUAAGUCAAUUUAUUUGGCUACUUUCAGAGUUCAAGGAAGAAGCAAAAAUAUCAUCUUUCUAAAAGUGUCUGGGGAAACAUAAUUUAUUAUCUUAUGUAUUUACUUCUUAAUAGACUCUAAUGAAGGAAGGCUGACAUUAAAAAUAUUUAAUUUUACAGUUGAUUUUUUUGACAUGGGUAAUUAACUCCAUUUAGUUUUUAUGAUUAUUGUUUUGACUGGAGCAAAGUUAAAUGUAAGUUAAUACAUGAUUCCUAUGGUUUACAUAUAAAUGAGUAUGCAAGGAUCCCUUUAAAACAACUUUAAUGUCUUUACCCAUUCCAGCCUCUCUUAACUCCUGCAGCGUUGCAACACAGUUGCAUUGAAAGUAUCAUCCCUGGUAUGGAAACUCAGGGAUACCAUGGUUUAAGAGCACAGCUCACAUGUUUACAGAUGCCCUGCUCCAACUUGCUCCCCAAAAUGCCUUUGCAAUAUUGAUCUGCAGAACAAAUUUUAAAUGGGCAGGAUUUCUAAAACUUACAAGAGCAGUCUAGCCCAGAGGCUAAUAGUUUAGCCUUGAGGCUAAGUUUUGAACUACCUACAUAUAGCCAGAUGAUUCACAUGUAGGAAACAGCUAGAAGCCAACUGGAAUGCUGUCAGCUAACUGCUCCCAGACAGCCGAAUGAGCAUCCACUGAAUUGUGCGUCCCAUGACAUUAUUCCGUAGUUACAGAAGUAAAUCAGGUUUUACUAACUGUGGUGUCUCCCUUUGAAAGCAGCAAACAUGAUUUGUAUGUGAACUUCAUUUUAAUUUCCUGUGUAGUUUCUAGCCAAAGCAGGUAGCCCUAAAGUAUGACAUAAAAACUUUUAACCAUUAUUUUAAAAAGAAAAUAAUUCCAAGUUAAAUGGCACUGCAUUGAACUUAUUCUAAUGGGCUAUAUUCCACCUAUAUUUGGCAUACAAAAGGGACAUAAUAUCAUCACUCCUCACUUCGCUCAUUUUUCCCAUUGGAAAAUAAAUCUCCGUGAAUGGAACUCAUAUACAAGAUGCAUAUUGUCUUUGAAAAAGGUGACCCAGCUAAAUGGAAAAACAUUAAGCAAACGUUCAUAAUCAGACAAAGCUCCCUCCUCUUAGGAUUUGCUCUGCUUCUUUCUUUGAGUUCUCUAAAAUAAGCAACUAACAAAUCACAUGCUUCAGGGUUUGGCUGUGUACUUACUGUGGUUUUGCAUCUUGCUUUCUUUCAAAAUUUUCCUUCUGUCAGAGGAAAGUAUUGCAGAAAACCACUGGUGUAGUCUCAGAUCAGCACAAACCGAUGGCAAGGCAAACUGGGGAUUUGUCUCUCCAAGUUUCUUCCCACUGAUCUUAGACGGUCAUAACAAUGGCAUUUGUCAACUUUGGCUUUUGCUUCUUGAUCCACAGAUGCCCUGUCCCAAAUGUCUUUAUUUGUCUGGACAGUUUUGGUCUCUUUGCUACUGUGUUAUAUCUGGUGGUACCCAGCACUCCCCAGUCCACCCCAUCCCCAGAAUUUCAGCAAUGCAUUCCAGAAUAUUUUCUGUUUGGAGGGUUUUCAUCCUGCUAAGAGGAGACAGCAGCGUGAGUGGAGCCUGACGUUCUAGUGUGUGCAGAGUUUGCGGAGUGGCGGUGCGCAUCAGGCCUUAAGAUGGGAAUGUAAGACUGAAGGGCCUUCCAGUUCCCAUCCCAUUUCUCAUCUCCUGACUGAUGCUUCUGAUGUCAGCACAAUAGAUGUUGCUCUAUCUUGUCUAGCAUCAUCAUCGUAAUAAGCCCAGUGUUUUUAGGAUUUGAAAAAAAUUAACUGUACUCGUUUGAUAAGUAAAUGCAGUUUUACUGUCACAUGCUAAAUUCUACAUGCAUGUUGGCUAACUGGAAUAGCCAUUUACUCAAUUGUGGAUGGACUAUGAAAUAGUAUUGAUUUAGAACAGAUACAUUCUCAAAAAUUAUCUAACAAAUUGCUUUUAGAUGUGUUUAUAGCAUAUAGAAGAGUAGUAGGGUCUGUUCAUCUGCAAUUCCGCUGUUCAUGCAGAUACAUACUCAUUCUAUCCAAAAGCAUAAUAAACAAUUCAUGUGAUAUAAGCACUCUGAAUUUAGAAUUAAGUAGCUACAUAGAUUAAUCUGUGAUUUCUAGACUGUAGUCAUAACUCUAAAAUACAAAAUGGGACCUGAUAGCAGUAUAUGAUGAGUGUCGAUGUUUUCUCUGUACUCAUUUUCUCUGCAUGUCUCCAGCAAUCCAUUACAUACAUAGGAAACAUGUAUCUGUGUCCUUUUUGAGUAAGUAGGUUCAAAAGCACUUGCAGAAGUGCCAUUAAGCAUGAAUGUCAUAACAUGUGCAUUCUAUAUAUGUAUAUGUAUGAGCAUAAAUAUCAGUGUAAAUCUGUGCUCAGUAUGUAAGAAUAUGAAUAUAUUUUUAACUGUGCUAAUGUAUGAUCUGUGUUGGGAAGAUCUGCCAUAACUUGUGAUUACAGUAGUUCAUUUCUCAUAACAUACAUGAGAUACACAAGAUUUUAUAACUCAUACUGUAUAUAUCCUGAGGGAUACAAAGCUUAUGAUAACCAUGAUACGGUAGAGUAAUGUCUAUAGUCAUUAGUAUUGAAACCCACAGCACUGCUGCCUAAAGGAAUUACCCUUUAGCGAUACUCUGCUAACAAGGAUGAGGUUUGGAAGCUUUUCUCUAAACUCCGAUAUUUGAGGAUUGUUGAGCUGACUCUUAAGAAGCUAAGUUGAUCUGUAUGCUCAUUUGUUCUCUGCAGUAAAAGUUAAAAGAAUACAGAGAGUCAGCAGCAUAAUGAAAGGAAUGUAUCUUUCCGAGCAAAACUGUCACACAUGCAGGGAACAGGUUGCUUAAUUCCUUGGAGGCAUGCUAGCUACUCUUUCAGGUGAACCUUUUGCAUUUGGAAAACUGUAGAAUAACCUCAAAUCAAUGGGGAUCCCCAUAAGAUGGAGAAUAAAGCUUAAGCAGAUCUCCAAACUAUCAUAGUUCAGUGAGAGAUGUUGUGUAUAAGACUCGAGUCAUGAGUUUUAUGUCAUUUCGUCUAGGACUACUAGCUGUGAACUCAGAGUUCCUGUGAAUGAAGCCAAUUUUAGAGAAACAAUGGAUAAUUCAUCAGAUCAUUUAGGCUUUCCUAAAGAACUCAAUUUGUCUUUCAAAAAAUAGGCUGUCUGUCUAGCAGAUACGUUUAAAUGUGUGGUGCUCUGUAUGUGAAACUCUAACGAUGUUUUUGAAGUAUAUAUAGUAUAUGCAUUGUUAGUUGUGUAUAUAUAAAUACAUGUAAAAAUAUUUGUGCGUGUGAGAGCAAGAGACGGGAACCUCAGAGAAUCUCCUGUUUAAGGUCUGUUCGUGCUGGUGUCCUGGAGUGACUUCGCAUUCCUCUGGUCAAGGGCUUCACAUGUGACUCCGCUCAAGGCAUGACUUCUUGUUGCCUUUACCUUUAAAUUCCCCAAACUUUACUCAUAAUAUUUUCAAAUUAUACAAAAAUUACCCCACUGUCUUUUAUUGACUGCUGCCAAUCUGUGGAAAUCAUUUCUCAGAAACCCUAGCACUCUGACCUUGGGUGUUUGAGUCCAUAUACACUGCUUUUGUUUCAUAGACUUGUAUGUAUUCCUCUUCUCUCCCUGUUCUGAGUCUAAUUUUUUUUUGCUUUUUUAGGAAUCAUGAGUAUGUGAGUAUGUAGUAGUCAAAUAUUGUCUUCUCUGUCUAUUCUUUAAUUAACAUGAGCCAAAAUACUUUUCACUGUUUCUCUCUCUCUCUUUUUUUUUUUUUGGCACUUUUGGAAUUUCUUAAUGCUGGAUUAAUAUGGAUUCUGUGAAUGAGAUUUUGAAGCAAAUUCCUAAAGCCUGUAUCAUCCUUGAAGGUCAUGUACCUAUUGUGAAAAUGUGAAACUGUAUUUCAAACCUGAAAUAAAUUAUUACCUUUGAAGGAA